AUGGCUUCACGGAAGAAGGUUCUCUUGAAGGUGAUCAUCCUCGGUGAUAGUGGUGUUGGCAAGACGAGUCUUAUGAACCAAUAUGUGAAUAAAAAGUAUAGCGCAAGUUACAAGGCGACCAUCGGGGCCGAUUACCUGACGAAGGAAGUUCUAGUUGAUGAUCGGCUAGUUACUAUGCAGCUUUGGGAUACUGCAGGCCAGGAAAGAUUCCAGUCGUUAGGUGUUGCCUUUUACCGGGGUGCAGAUUGCUGUGUGUUGGUAUACGACGUCAAUAACUCCAAAAGUUUUGAGAACCUCGAUAGCUGGCGGGAUGAGUUCCUGAUUCAGGCAUCACCUAGAGAUCCGGAAAGUUUUCCGUUUGUAGGAAACAAAGUGGACGUCGACGAGUCGAAGCGGAUGAUUUCUACGAAACGCGCCUCAACAUACUGCCAAUCUAAAGGAAAUAUUCCUUAUUUCGAAACAAGUGCCAAGGAGGCUAUCAACGUGGAGCAGGCAUUUGAAGUUAUUGCAAAGGUCGCUCUUACGCAGGAAGAAUCAGAAGAGUUCAACGGCGAUUUUACGGACCCAAUCAACAUACACCUUGACAAUGACCGCGACGCCUGUGCUUGUUAA